CCCCCACAAAAAAAAUAAAGGUACGCAACACAAAUAGUAAAUACCACCACUUUCUAUACAUUAGUGAAAUUUUGAAACAAUUCUGUGAAAAGCGCGACCCGCACAGAGUAAACAACGGAGCUUUCGCCGCCGUACAACGACGGCAUUAGACGGCGGCGACACUUGUUCCGGCAUCUUGUUCUGGAUAGAAGAAUCAAAAUAAAUGUCGAUAAAAGGUGGAAAAUUUGCUGGAAAGGGGGAGACUGUGGCAUCACAUUAUGCAUUUGGCCCUCUUGAAGACGAUAUCAUUAUUAAGCAUAGACUUCUGACUCGAACAACCACUACCAGAGGUGAACCACCACUGAAGAAACUUCAGAAGAAGUUCACUACUUUCGCGUUGGAGAUAGAGAAGGAAGCUGAUAACUACAAUGAUUGUGAAAGACUUGCCAAAGCAUUCUUGCAAGAACUAAAUACUUUUGAGAUUCCUCUUCUAAAGAGCAAAGCAGUCAUAGAUGCGAACGUUAGAGAAAAGGAGAAUUUUAAUGACCUGAAAGGUGAAAUCAACCAGCAAAUUGUACAGGCUCAGGCUGACAUAGAAGAUCUUAAGAGGCAACUCAAAGAAAGCAAGGUUGAAAGGAAGCACAAAGAGGAGGCUGAGGCUAUCAGGAAGUUGAUUGCUAUGCAGCCUCCAAGAUCAGAAACGCAGAAGGUUAUAACAGAGCUUGAGAAAGAGAUAGCUAUGUUGGAAGCAGAGAAUACUGCUAGUUCGAGGACAUUGGACCUUCGUAAAAAGCAGUUUGCCCUUUUAUUGCAUGUGGUUGAUGAAUUGCAGAACACAAUAGAGGAAGAGCAGAGUUUGGUAGAAGAGGUGAGGAAUGUAGUCGAUGAUCAUAACAAGAGUGGAGUAGGGGGUUCUACUGUGGGUCCUGAAGCAAUGGCUGUGGAUUAGGGGAUUCUACUGUGGGUCCUGAAGCAAUGGCUGUGGAUUAGCAAGUGAAACCUUAGUUCUUGUAUGCUAGGUUUACUCUUACGUACAUGUUUCAUACUGGCCUGCCACUUUUACUGCAGAAUUCAAUUAGCUGUCUGUACUAUUUGAAAGUGAGAUGAGGAUCGAGGGUCUUGCUGUAUAUAUGAUGUUUCUGCAAGCUGUAAGAAAGCUUGUAGUGCUGCUUGAUUUUAAGGUGGAACAUUGGUAUUCAGGUCUUGGGAGUGCUGCCAGGUUUUACCAGGUAAACGUUUUUACUGCGACGGGCAGGUCUUGCAUCUCAGCAUUCAUUUGAAAAUUCUAAGCAAGCAAUGCAAAAAUACUAUCAGGUUGCACAUCUGGUGUUACCGGAGAAACAUCUGCUUCAUCAACAGUCAUCUAUUGUGCUAUCCUGGAUAUCUUUGGAUUGUCAAGGAAGCUUAAUUUCUUUUAAGAUUGCUCUGGGUCCAUUGGAGACUUCUGGCUACCAGAGCUCAAUCCUAUGAUGCGUAACAUUAUGUAAAAUGGGUUUGAUCAUAUUAUCGCGUAGGACUUUACUUUUUGUAUUAGGGUUUGGCGUUGUGUUCAAAACAAGGGUUAUUGGGGAAGUUUGAGUAGCUACUUAUGUAUUCGGUCUUUAAAUCCAUCUUUGGUUAUGCCAUGCAUGGUUAUGAAAUGAACUCCAGGGCGUAAAGUUUGACGCCUUUUAUAGUUUGAAACAUCCUCGAAUCCUUGAAGAUUCUA